AUGAAAAGCAAAUUAUACGGUGUACAAAAUCUUACCUUAACAAGUGACAUUUGGUCAGACCUACAAAUGAGAAGUUACCUAGGUGUAACUGCUCAUUUUGGCAUCGGUAAUGAACUUCAUUCGGUAACUUUGGGUGUGUACCACUUAGAUGAAAGACAUUCGUCGGAAUACAUUGCACAAAUGCUCGCUAAAACGUGUGAAGAGUGGGGAUUCAAUAUUGAUAAAGUCACAGCAGUAGUAACAGAUAAUGCUGCAAAUAUGCAGGAUGAAUUAUGUAAUACUACUACGGAAUCUGACUCGGACAAUUCCGACAAAAUUAGUCUGUCAUCCGAUUAUAGUCUUUGGAGCGAUCACCAUAAACUAGACCAGCGGAAUUGGAAAACAAAUAAAACGGAUGAAAAUCUUUCAGAUGAGUUAUCACUUUAUUUGAGGGCUCCAGUCAGUAGAUUUACCGAAAACCCAUUAGAAGUGUGGUUAGAUUACAAAGUACAGUUAAAUGUCACUAUUGAUGAACAAUUACUGGGGUUCCGCGGUAGAUGCCCGUUUCGAAUGUAUAUACCUAAUAAACCAAAAAAGUAUAGUAUAAAAAUUCCAAUGAUGAAAGAUAGUGGAACCAAUUAUAUGAUAAAUGCGAUGCCGUACACUGGAAAAACUACAAAUACAAACGGUUUACCACAAGGCGAAUAUUACUUGAAAGAGCUAUCACGGCCAAUUCAUGGUACUAACCGCAAUAUAAAGUGUGACAAUUGGUUCACGUCUAUUCCUGUCUCGGAAUCAUUACUUGCUGAACCAUAUAAAUUGACGAUUGUGGGCGCGGUACGAUCAAACAAAAGGGAAAUACCCGAAGCACUGAAAAACACCCGUUCUCGACCAGUGGGUACGUCUAUUUUCUGUUUCGAUGGACCUUUGACCCUACUAUCAUACAAGCCGAAGCUGCCGAGGAUGGUGUAUAUGCUGUCCUCAUGCGAUGAAGGCGCUGUUAUAAAUCCUACAACUGGUAAACCUGAAAUCAUUAUAUUCUACAACCAGACAAAAGGCGGCGUCGACACAUUUGACCAGAUGUGUUCUUCGAUGUUUUGUUCUAGAAAGAGUAACAGAUGGCCAAUGACAAUGUUUUAUGGCAUAUUGAAUAUAGCUUUUAUCAACUCAUAUCUUAUUUACACAUACAAAGUUUUGGCAAAACAAGAAAAACCAUUAAACAGAAGAGAAUAUAUGAAAAGACUAAGUACUAAACUGUCAAAACCGUGGAUGAGAUCUAGAUUGGCAAUCCUUACUUUAUCGAGGCGUUUGAGAGAAAAUAUUGAGAAUAUCCUGCCACGAAUCACGAGGCUUCUCAAGAAACUGAAGAGGAACCUCCGGCCAAAGUUCGGCGUUACUGUAACUAAUGUACUACUAACAAAAAAACACAAAUACGCGACCAUCGAUUCGUGGACUUACGAUCGCUUUGAGGAAGCGCGACAGCACAACCAACAAGUUACAACCCGGAACUUACAGCAAUGGGCUUUAUCGGCUGCGAGCCAAUUUGAAAAUUUUGAUUUCAAAGCUUCCGAUGCGUGGGUUCUCAAAUUUAAACGGAAACAUCAAAUUCGCCAAAGAAAAAUCACGAAGUUUGUAACGGAAAGAGAAACCGCAUCGCGAGAUGAAAUCCUGGCUUCUGCAGAAGAUUUUCGUAUCCAGGCUCGUGAUGUCAUACCAAACUUUGGUCCCGAUUUCGUCAUUAAUACAGACCAAACAGGAUGCCAAUACCAGUCGACGUACGACAGAACUCUGGCAACUAAAGGAUCAAAAGUGGUGCUGGUACAGCGGCAGAAUAUGAAUAAAGUCACUCAUUCCUAUAUUGCGCUGUACUCUGUCACCCGAUCAGGAAAAUUGUUGCCCCUGGUGUUCGUAUGCCUACAAGAAACAACAGGUUCGUUUGGUCCCAGAGUUCAAAAAUCGGUCGACGAGUACCUAAAAAAAUACAAAAACGUCGUAAUCACGUCAUCGAAAUCGGGAAAAUUGACUACAAAGUUAUACAAAGAUUUAUUAACCAACGUUUUGAAACCCUACGUAAAAAAAGAAAAGUUUUUAUUAAUUAUCGAUUCCUGGGGAGGCCAAACCGAUACCAUGAUGUACAAUGAGGUGUUUCGAGAUGACAGGCGUCUGCCUACUUGCACGGUGCAAGUAAUUCCACCAAAAUGCACUCCAUUAGUGCAACCUUGUGACGUGUAUUUUUACCGCCAAGUAAAAAAUUUCAUAAAGCGUCUGCAGAACUGCGCCUAUCUGAUUGAACAAGGACGUGAAAUUAAUGAUAGAGAAGAUUGCAUAAAAAUUCAUUCAAUUGUUCAUCAUCAGUUGUCUUCUCCGAUCUUCGAAAACAUGAUCAGAUAUGCGUGGUUUGCUUCGAAACUUUGCGAUGAAAGAGAAAUCUUCAUGAACGUGAAUGAAAAAACAACAUGUAGAAGAACGCAGAAGGAUGGUUCGAAGUCUGACGUUUCGUGUCCCAUAGGAAUCCUGGAGUACACCAAAAGAAUGGGAGGAGUUGAUAGAUUUGACCAGAAGAGAGGUACAUAUUCCAUCUCAAGACGUAGUAAAAGAUGGUGGAUGCGAAUAUUUUACUUUUUAGUUGAUUCUGCCAUUACAAAUGCCUAUAUAAUGUACACCCAAAAUGACAGAGUGCACAACCUUAUGACCUCCUUGCAUUUCCGCACCGUGCUCGCACGUAACCUGAUAGUAAACUUCAGCUCCAGGAAAAGGACUGUGGCACAAUCGCCUAACUUUGUAACUAAAAAACCAAAAGGGCCAACAAGUAGACAGAAGGCCAUUCACGGAAUACCUGAUGAACUGAGGUUGAAUGAUGUGGGGUCUCACAUGCCAAUGGAGCUACUCAAAUACAGAAGGUGCAGAGCAUGCAGCAGCAAAAACCUUAACAAAACAUCGAAAAUACAGUGCACAAAAUGCCAAGUUCCAUUGUGCAUUGUACCAUGCUUUGCUCAGUUUCAUACACCCUGA